UCUAUUUAUGUGAUUUCAAUUUAUUUUAAUCACGUUCACGUAAAAAUCUCGAAAAAUAAUAAUAAAUUUAUUAUUUCAAACAAUAAUGUCGGAUAACGAAGCAGACGAUAAAUCUGACAUAGAAAAUAUUAAUGAUCCAUCUUUGGAGGAGCUUCGAAGACCUUUACUUGAACUAACUACUGAAGAUGAUAUCCUUGAAGCUAAGGCAUUAAAGGAACAAUUAGAAAAAGAAAUAAUGGAACAAUCAUCGGCAAUAACCAGAUUGAAUAAACAAUUAGAUUGUUGCAAACAUGUUUUGAAUCCAUCCUCAAUUUCACUUAAAAAUCAAAAUACGAGCAUUAAUCUGAAAAAUGAUUUAUACAGAUUUGCUGGAAUUCAUUGUGUCAAAUCUGACAUGGCAAUUGUAAUAGAAUUCUCAGCAGGAGAUAAAGUGACGAAUAAUUCUUUAUUUUCCAUAGAAAUUUUACAAAUUGAUGAUCAGUAUAAGUUAGGAAAAUGGGUGAUGCCUUUGUCGAUCGAUUUGAAUGAUAUUCUUUCAAAAUAUCCAUUGGAUAAUCCGAAGAAUUUGAAACCAUUUCUAAAAUGUUGCAAACAUUACAUCGAUUGUUAUAUUUAUCGUCGAAAACAAUAUUAUGAUUUAAAGAAAUUUCUCGGAGAUGUAAUAAACUGUUCCGUAGACACUAAUCUUGGAUACACCCGAAUUCAUUUGCACAUGUCGGAAUUACAAUCGAUUGAUCUUAAUGAAAAAUAUAAUGUUACUCUAUUUAUGGCUUAUAAAUUUAACGAAACGUUUCCAUAUAUAAUAAGCACUGAGCAACGAGAGGAUCAGCCUUUAUCAAAAGAAAUUAUUCAAAAGUUUAAUAAAUAUUUUAAACCAUUAAAAAAGUUCAACUUAAGAGAUGCACUUGACAAAAUGAUUAACAAUAAUCGCCAUUUUUAUUGGAUGAAAAUAUUUAAGGAUCCUGAUAACGAAAAUAUGCUAUCGACGUCUCAACAAGAUGAAGAGACUACAUCGAGAAAAAUGGAAAGAGAUAAUCAAAAGGAGAAAAAGAAAAUAAAUUUGGAAAGCGAUUUCGAAAACGAUCUAACUGAUUUGGAAAACGAAAAUAAUGUUAAAUGUUCGUCGAAUUCGGAGGAGUAUGAAGAACAAUCGAAAUCGAAUGAUAAAAAAAAUAAAAAUAUCGAAGAAAACUUAAAUCCAAUUAUGACGCUCAAAAACAUUGUGAAAAAGAAAAGAAACAAAAAUACGAAGGAAAAGAAUAAAAAGAUAGUCGCGAUGAAAACGACACAAAAGCCGGAUGAAAAUGUAAAAAAAGUAGAAACAAUUUUAGACUUUGCUAAACUCAAUCUUUUGGAUAAUGCGGAAAAGAAAUUUGUUGAUAGAAAAAGUACGUCUAAAAGAUCUGCCAAAUGUAUCGAGGAUGACGAGAAAAUUGAAAGCAGACCAAAACGUCAAUCGACCUCGAAACAAGCGAAAUUACUUGCGAAAGAAUUAAAUAGCAAUUUAAAUAUUACUGAAAAGAACGACAAAGCGGGAAAAAAUAUUUCGGUCGGAAAGAGCAAAUUGAGAAAACUUUUUAAUAAACGAUCUGAGAAAACUGUCGCAGAUACGCCAACAGAGUACGAGAAAAAUCUUGAUGAAAAAGAUUCAAGCAGAUCUUCGUCAAUAACAUGUUCGGAUGGACAUUCGUCUAAAGAUAGUAUUGAAAAAAUUAAUAAAAGUAAAACGACCGAUGUUAAGGACAAAAAAGCUUCGUACAAUGUAAACAAAUCUGAUGGAAAAACGAGUCUUUCUAUGAGGUCAAUAACAGAAUCGAUUGAGCCGACAGUAUAUAUAAAAUCGCCGAAGGUAACAACGGAAACUAAUCUUAAUAAAAUGUUAAGUAGCACACCAAUUUCAAACAACGUACAAAGAAAAUUGAAUAUUACACAUUAUUCAGAGAUUAGUGAGAUCGUAUCCUUGCCAACGAAUAUGAAACCACCAACGAAAGAAAAUUUGACAAAUGUUUCGAAAGAAGAUGAUAAUAAUUCUUCCUCGAAUACCGAUCAUAUUGAUAACGCAGAUAAAGAAUUUAAUGAAGUCCAAACAAGAGAAUUAUUGGAAGACAUUGAACUAGCACAUAAGCUAUUAAAGAAGAAAGAUGGGAAAACACAUAGUACUCGUAUGAAAAAAAAUAAACGAAAAAGUGUUAAAAAAACGAAU